AUGCCAGUUCCAGUAGAUUUCAUUAAAGAAUUGCCAAAAUGUGAGCACCAUAUGCAUUUAGAAGGUUCCCUAGAGCCUGAUUUAUUGUUCCCAUUGGCUAGAAGAAAUAAUAUUACAUUGCCUGACACUUUCCCUAAAACUAUCCCACAAUUAAAUGCCAAAUACAAACAAUUCAAAGAUCUUCAAGACUUUUUGGAUUACUAUUACAUUGGUACAAAUGUCUUGAUCAAUGAAAUUGAUUUCUUUGAAUUAGCCAUGGCAUACUUUAAGAAGAUAAAUAAGCAAAAUGUGAUUCAUGCUGAAUUAUUUUUCGAUCCACAAUCACAUACUUCAAGAGGCAUUCCAUUGGAAACCGUUAUUAAAGGGUUCAAAAAGGCAUGUACAAAGGCAGAAAGAGAUUUCAAAAUCACAUCCAGUUUGACUAUGUGUUUAUUAAGACAUACCCACCCAGAUGAAUGUUUGCAAUUGAUUAAAGAUUCUAAGAAAUAUUUGACCGAUGGUACAAUUAAUGGUCUUGGUUUAGAUUCCGCAGAAAAACCAUUUCCUCCAGAUAUGUUUGUCGAAUGUUUCUCUUUGGCCAAAUCUUACAAUAAACAUUUAAAUUUAACAGCCCAUGCAGGUGAAGAAGGUCCAGCUUCUUACGUAUCAGAUUCGUUAGAUCUGUUGCAAGUCACAAGAAUUGAUCAUGGGAUCAACUCUGUGCAAGAUACAGAACUAUUGGAAAGAUUGGCCAAAGAAAAAGUUUUAUUAACUGUUUGUCCUCUAUCAAACGUUAAAUUAAAUGUCAUUAAGAAAGUUGAUGAGUUACCUUUGGAUAUCUUAUUAAGCUAUGGUAAUCCUUUCUCACUAAAUUCUGAUGAUCCUGCUUAUUUUGGUGGUUACAUUGAAGAUAAUUAUUUGGCCGUUCAUAAAGCUUUUCCAAACUGGGGCUAUUUCACAUGGGGCCAAAUAGUUAAAAAUGGUAUUAAUACCUCAUGGAUCUCCAAAACUAAAAAAGAAGAAUUAUGUGAUAAAGUUGAAGCUAUUGUAGCUAAAUGGGUCAAUAAGAUUAGUGAUGCUUAUGCUGCUAGUCAUGCUUAA